UAUUCACCUGUAAGUGUAGGAAACGUCACUCCAGCUUCAUCGAGAUAUCAAGAGACUAAGGAGGAAAAGAGACCAUCACACGGGGCCGAGUUCCUCAAUGCGUGGUUACACCCAAGAUGGCACUGUGGAUCUUCGUUGUCGCCCAGCCUUGGCCUCCAAGACUGGAAAAUGGAAAGCCUGUGCUUUUCUUGUUGGGUAUGAGGCAUUUGAGAGGAUGGCUUUUUAUGGAAUAGCGUCCAACUUGGUGAACUAUCUGACCACCCAACUCCACGAAGACACUGUGUCAUCUGUCAGGAACGUGAACAACUGGUCAGGUUCCGUGUGGAUCACGCCGAUUCUCGGUGCCUAUAUCGCCGAUGCCUAUCUGGGUCGGUUCUGGACUUUUACUGUUUCAUCUCUCAUCUACGUCAUGGGAAUGAUUUUUCUCACAAUGGCUGUGUCAUUAAAAUCCCUGAGGCCAACGUGUGAAAAUGGAGUCUGCAACAAGGCCUCCACUUCACAAAUCGCAUUCUUCUACGGUGCCCUAUACAUAAUCGCCAUUGGGGCCGGCGGGACCAAACCAAACAUAUCGACUUUCGGCGCUGAUCAGUUCGACGACUUUAAUCCUCACGAGAAAGAGCUCAAGGUGUCCUUCUUCAAUUGGUGGAUGUUCAGCUCGUUCUUGGGUGCUCUGUUUGCGACGCUCGGCCUCGUGUACAUUCAAGAGAACUUAGGAUGGGGAUUGGGGUAUGGAAUCCCCACGGUCGGUCUGCUGUUGUCCCUAUUUAUAUUUUACUUGGGGACACCGAUUUACAGGCACAAAGUUAGGAAGACCAGGAGUCCUGCAAAAGAUCUAAUUCAAGUACCGAUCACUGCCUUUAAAAACAGGAAGCUUCAGCUUCCUGAUGAUCCCUCAGCGCUUCAUGAGCUCGAGCUACGAUACUAUGUUAGCAGCGGGAAACGCCAGAUCCAUCACACUACGGCUCUCAGGUUCUUGGACAAGGCUGCAAUAAAAGAGAGCAGCACAAAUUCCUGCAGACCACCCUGCACAGUGACUCAGGUUGAAGGCAUGAAGCUCAUUUUAGGAAUGAUCCUGAUAUGGCUUGUCACUCUAAUCCCAAGCACCAUAUGGGCACAGAUCAACACAUUAUUUGUCAAACAAGGCACCACUUUGGACCGAACCCUUGGGUCAGACUUUCAUAUCCCGGCCGCCUCCCUAGGGAGCUUUGUGACCCUCUCGAUGCUCAUCUCCGUGCCGAUGUACGAUCGGUACUUUGUGCCCUUCAUGCGCCGGAAAACUGGGAACCCCAGAGGGAUCACGCUGCUCCAGAGGCUUGGGAUUGGGUUCGGGAUCCAAGUGAUUGCUAUUGCCAUUGCUUAUGCCGUGGAAGUUCGAAGGAUGCACGUGAUCAGGUCCCACCACAUAGCAGGCCCGAAGGACAUUGUCCCCAUGAGCAUCUUUUGGUUACUGCCUCAGUACAUCCUGCUAGGGAUCGCGGACGUCUUCAAUGCAAUCGGAUUGCUUGAGUUUUUCUACGACCAAUCGCCAGAAGACAUGCAGAGCCUAGGCACUACAUUCUUCACCAGCGGGAUCGGCAUCGGGAAUUUCUUGAACAGCUUUCUUGUAACAAUGGCCGACAAGAUCACCGGGAAGUUAGGACAGAAGAGCUGGAUCGCGAACAACUUGAAUGACUCUCACUUGGACUAUUAUUAUGGCUUCCUUUUGGUCAUAUCCACACUAAAUCUUGGUGUCUUCUUGUGGGCAUCUAGCAGGUACAUCUACAAGAGGGAGAUCAAAGAGGUUGAGGGUUGUGAGCAAAUCGAAGCCAUAGCCAUGGAAAUUUCUCCUCUAGGGUUACAAGUAUGAAGAUAUUUAGAGAGGAACAAAAAAUCAAAUCAUAAAGGCACGCAUCAUCACAUAUAGCGUUUAUAAUGCAUUAGUCCAAUUAAUACAUUCUGCUCAAAGAAGAGGAGAAGAAAAAAGAGCAAAAGAGAAAAUGAUUUCCUCUAGAUUUGAUGUGCUGGUUUUGAAGAAUAUGAGAGAUUUCGAAUGUAUUAGGACUGUUCUAUUGCUUUCUAUAUGCCUCUUCCCUUA